AUGGCAAAGCAACAGGAACAAGACCCGACCAACCUGUACAUCUCCAACUUGCCGGUCAGCAUGGAUGAGCAGGAGCUGGAGUCACUGCUGAAACCUUUUGGACAGGUCAUAUCCACUCGUAUCCUGCGUGAUGCUAGCGGGACCAGUCGAGGUGUUGGUUUUGCAAGAAUGGAAUCUACAGAGAAAUGUGAAGCUGUGAUUUCUCAUUUCAAUGGUAAAUACAUGAAAACGCCCCCUGGUGUCCCAGCACCACAAGAACCCCUUCUUUGUAAGUUUGCAGAUGGAGGACAAAAAAAAAGACAAACCCAGGGGAAAUACAUUCAAAAUGGACGUGGCUGGCCACGAGAGGGAGAGACGGGUGGAAUGACGCUGACAUAUGAUCCCACAACUGCUCUGCAGAAUGGGUUUUAUACCACCCCAUACAGUAUUGCCCCAAAUAGGGUGAUCGCUCAGGCAGCCCUCUCCCCAUACCUGCCAUCACCUGUAUCUUCUUAUCAGGUAAGACGAAUCCCAAUAUUACUUCUGGUUCACAAUCCCUCCUGGAUGCAUCAUCAGUCUUACCUCAUGCAGCCUGCAGGAACUGUCCUCACUCCCACUAUGGACCAUGCUAUUUCCAUUCAGCCUGCUUCCAUGAUGGGACCUCUGACUCAACAGCUGGGACACCUGUCACUGGGGAGCACGGGAGCGUAUAUGCCAGCUGCAGCCGCUAUGCAGGGGGCCUACAUCCCCCAGUACCCGUCCGUGCCUUCUACUGUCUCUCUAGAGGAGAGCAGCGGGCAGCCUCAACAAGUUGCCGUGGAACCCACCACAGACCACGCCGCUUAUUCGUACCAGUGA